CUUUCUAAUUACACUCCCAAAGCUGUGACAGUUGCACACCCUGCCCUCAUUCCCCUCCUUUCCCUACCCUUCUUCUUAUAUAGUUAUAUACCAGUCUCCCUUCCGACCAACCUCUCUUGCUACUUUGAUCGUCUCUUUACAGCUAGAGAGGAAGAAAAGAGAGAGAGAGAUGGGACAGCAGUCGCAGUUCGGGGACACGACGCUGACGAAGGUGUUCGUAGGUGGUUUGGCGUGGGAGACGCAGAAGGAGACGCUACGAGAGCACUUCGACAAGUACGGCGAGAUCCUCGAAGCCGUCAUCAUCUCCGACAAGCUCACCGGCCGAUCCAAGGGCUACGGCUUCGUGACGUUCAAGGAAGCAGAGGCGGCGAAGAAGGCCUGCGAGGAUCCGGCGCCGGUCAUCAACGGCAGGCGAGGCAACUGCAACCUGGCCUCACUCGGCGCCAAGCGCCACCGUCCCUCCUCUCCCGCCACCCCCACUCUCCCAUCCCACAACCAGCCGGGGAUGGCGGUGGGAUCGAGUGGGGUGUCUCCAGGACCGGCGGCACCGUGGUACUACCACCCAUCAGGAACGCCGCCGCCGCCGCCGCCGCCUCCGUCGCCAUUGCCCCACCACCACCACCAGCACUACCACGGCGUCCUCCCCUUCUACUUCGCCGCCGCCUACGGAUAUCCUCCUACUUACAUGGCGGAUAUGGGCUACAACGCGAAGCUAAGCCAAUCAGCCGGGCCAGGGUCGUAUAUCCAGGGCCAGUUCUCUUACCCACCACAAGGAGGGAUGGUUGCUCCUCAUGGAAUGCUGCCGGUGUACCCGCUCUACCACCUCCACCACCAUCAGUCCCAGGGCAUGGGAGUCCCUGAACACUUCUUCCCUCCCACCACCGCCGCCGUCGCGGGCACCGUCGCCACCGUUCCUACCAUCAUCUCCAAGCCCACUGCAAUGGCUCCUCCCACCACGGUGGAACAGGUCAAAGGAUGCAGCUGAGCAGCCGAAGAGGAAAGGCUUGAGGUGAUCUGUCAACAGAAAUUAAAGCCUGCAAACCAGAAGAAGAGUUCUUUCAUUUGUUCCAUUGGACGUAUUAAAUCCUUUUAUUUCCUCUGACCUGCAUCCCGAUGAUGCACCAAUUGUAACAAAGUCAUCAUCGAUCUGUUUACCAGUGUAUUAUAUGGUAAACUUUUAAUUCCUUCAGUCAAACUGGUCCAUAGUUCUUGUCUGUCCUGAAUGACAUCUAUCACAAUUCUGAAAUUCUCAUGGCUUGUAAUUAAGUUUUUUCCUAGUAUAUUGUUCCUUAGUUUUA